GGAGCUUUGCCUGGUCUCUGGUGGAGCCUCCUGAGUCAGGUGUCUUUGAGGAUGCCAAUUUUCUAGCGGGGAGUUGGCUCGAGGUAAGCUGGUGCGAUUCCCACACCAAGGGGGUGGGCUAUGCAGGGUGACUUGCUGGAGGAUGUGACGCUGUCUGUGGUGUCAGCCCGGAGCAGUUGAGGCUCGUGAGUCAAUCUGCAAGAGAGGGCGUGCGGAAGAUGUUGGGAGCUGAGCUCGUCUCUGCCUGUUGAACCCGGAGCCCUUUGGGGUCGGGCUUUUGAGCUCUGCCUCCAGGAGGGCUAGGAAAUCCUUUUCAAGUGAAGAUGGAGAGUCCCCUGUGAUAGCAAGAUGAGUAGCCAGGGCUUUGGUGAAAAUCCCCAGAAUUGCCAGCCCGGGGUUUUUAUCACCUGCUGUGACCUGGAGCGCAUCCCCGCAGACCGCCCCCAUGGACCUGCGCAUCGGGCAGCGCUUCGUCAAGCCCGGCUCGGACACGGCCCUGCUUGCUCUGAAGCAGACGCAGCAGCUGCAGCACCAGUUCUUCCUGGCCAGCCUGCAUCAGCAGCAAGUGGAGCAGCUCACCCACCAGCAGAUGCGGGCGAACAUGGAGUCCCCGCACCACGAGGCAGAAGUUGGGCAGCAGGAGCAGGAGCUGCGGCAGCUCCUUAAUAAGGACAAGAGCAAACGAAGUGCGGUGGCCAGCACUGUGGUCAAACAGAAGCUGGCUGAGGUCAUCCUGAAGAAACAACAGGCUGCUUUGGAAAGGACCAGCAACCCCAACCCCUCUGCCAUGCCCUACAGGACCCUGGAGACGCUGGAUACCGAGGGGCCGGCGCCUCCUGUGCUCACCAGCUUCCUGGCUCGGGUCCCCAGCACCAUAGACCCCCCAGAGCACUUCCCGCUGCGGAAAACAGCCUCCGAGCCGAACCUCAAGGUGCGCUACAAGCCCAAGAAGUCACUGGACCGGCGCAAGAACCCGCUGACCCGCAAGGAGAGCGCGCCCCCUUCGCUGAAGAGGCGGCCGCCGGAGACUAUUGACUCGUCCCCCAGCAGCAGCAGCACCCCAGUGUCCGGCUGCAGCUCCCCCAACGACAGCCUCCCCGCGGAGCAUGGGGCCCUGCCCGCGGGGCCUGGCUUGGUGCAUGAGACGCCACUGGCCCAGCGCUUGAUGAUGCAGGAGAGCUCACUGGCUCAGUUUGCCCAGCAGAGCACGGCCACGCUACCAACCAUCACACUGGGACUGCCCGCUACCACCAGUGCCAGGGGAGAGGCAGACCGCCACAUGCUCUCCAGCCUGACUCAUGGACGGGUGCCGGUGCUGAAUGGGCCUGUCCUCGCUGGCACGCACCCGCCCAUGUUCAUCCCCGCCAGCUUGGAGCAGCACGAGCCUGGGGGGACCCUGUCCCCACGUGUCAUUAUCCUCGAGCCCUCAGUCACCCACGCUCCACUGGUGGCGGUGCCGGGCCUGGGGCCAGUGCCCUUCUCCUUCGCCCCCUCGCUGAUCCCUGCCGAGCGCCUUCCGCUGUCCGGGCACCACAAGCCGCUGGGGCGGACCCGCUCCGAGCCCUUGCCCCAGAACCCCAAGGCCAUCCAGCAACAGCUGGCGUACCAGCAGCACCAUGCCCAGUUCCUGGAGCGGCUUAAGCAGCAGACGGCUUUGGGCAAGCGCAUGACCAAGUCCAGCGAGAAGCCCCGUUUACGGCAGAUUCCCUCCUCUGAGGACAUGGAGGCAGAGGUGGGGCACCCAGAAGGAGGGGGCGGGCGCAGCGACCAGGCCAGGGGGCGGCUGGAGUCGGCCCGCCCGGGGGCCAGCAUGAAGGAGCCUGAGAGGAGCCAGAAGCCAAUGCAGCCUCAGGAGGAGCUGGUUCUGCAGCAGCAGCCCUACAUCUGGGAGCCCUACCAGCGCAUGCAGCAGCAGCUCCUCAAGCGCCAGCUCCCGGCCGACACUCUGGUGGCACCAAGCAUCCAUGGAGGGCACCGGCCCCUGUCCAGGGCUCAGUCUUCUCCUGCCACGGCCACCAUCUCCCUGUCCACCCAGGAGACACCCACCAAGGCGCUGGCUCUGCCAGUGCAGGAGCCGCCAGCCAAGCCGCACUUCACAACAGGGCUCGUGUACGACUCGGUGAUGCUCAAGCACCAGUGCUCCUGCGGGGACAACAGCAACCACCCGGAGCAUGCGGGGCGAAUCCAGAGCAUCUGGUCCCGCCUGCAGGAGAGGGGACUGCGCAGCCAGUGUGAGUGCUUGCGGGGCCGCAAGGCGACGCUUGAGGAGCUGCAGUCGGUGCACAACGAGCGCCAUGUCUUCCUCUACGGCACCAACCCCCUCAACCGCCUGAAACUGGACAACGGCAAGCUGGCAGGGAUCCUGUCUCAGAGGAUGUUCGUCAUGCUGCCCUGUGGCGGGGUAGGGGUGGACAGCGACACAAUCUGGAACGAGCUACAUUCAUCCAAUGCUGCCCGCUGGGCUGCGGGCAGCGUCACGGAGCUAGCCUUUAAGGUGGCCACGAGGGAGCUGAAGAAUGGUUUCGCCGUGGUGAGACCCCCUGGACACCAUGCGGACCCCUCCACAGCCAUGGGCUUUUGCUUCUUCAACUCAGUGGCCAUCGCGGCCAGACAGCUGCAGCAGAAGGGGAAACUCAGCAAGAUCCUCAUCGUGGACUGGGAUGUUCACCAUGGCAAUGGGACCCAGCAGGUGUUCUACCGGGAUCCCGACAUCCUCUACAUCUCCAUACACCGCCACGACAACGGCAACUUCUUCCCCGGCAGUGGGGCGGCUGAUGAGGUUGGCUCUGGCCUCGGCGAGGGCUUUAAUGUCAAUGUGGCCUGGACCGGCGGCCUCGACCCCCCCAUGGGAGACCCGGAGUACUUGGCAGCUUUCAGGACAGUCGUGAUACCAAUUGCCCACGAGUUCUCCCCAGACGUGGUGCUGGUGUCUGCGGGGUUCGAUGCAGCUGAUGGCCACCCGCCACCCCUGGGAGGCUACAAAGUCUCUGCCAAGUGCUUCGGCUACAUGACCAAGCAGCUGAUGAGUCUGGCAGGAGGAGCCGUUGUCCUCGCCCUGGAAGGUGGCCAUGACCUCACAGCCAUCUGCGAUGCCUCGGAGGCCUGCGUCUCAGCCCUGCUGGGCAACGAGCCGGAUCCCCUCCCCGAGGAGAGCUUGAGGCAGAAGCCCAACCCCAACGCCGUGCGCUCCUUGGAAACGGUGAUCCAGGUCCAGAGUAAAUACUGGAGCACCGUGCAGCGCUUUGCUUCCAAGGUUGGCUGCUCCUUCCUGGAAGCGCAGCACCACGAGGCAGAGGAGGUGGAGACGGUAACAGCCUUGGCCUCGCUGUCGGUGGCCGUGAUGGCAGAGAAGAGAGCACAGGACGAGCCCAUGGAGGAGGAGCCCAUGAACCAGUGAUGAGCGGAGAUGUGCUCCGAUGCUCCGAUGGCAGGAAGCGGGCUGGACCCUCCGAGCCCGCCCCUCGCUCUCGGCGUCCCGUCAGCUGCGUCAUCCUCUCCCUGUGUCACCGUCCCAAAAAGGACUGGGCCUUUGGCUGUGGCUUCCGCCUGGAGGGGAGUCUCCUGCUGCCCUCUUGGCCGUCCCCUCCCCACUCAGGACCCUUCUCCAAGCCCUCAGGCCUGCUAGGGCUCCAAGGGACAGACGGGCAGGAGACGGUCUCUGCCUCUCCAAACUGUUAUGCCAGCCGGGCGCAGAGCUGCCGCUCUCCAGGGGCUGUCCAAGCAGCUGGAUCUUGGGGUGGCCAGUGGCGGCCGGGCUGAUGUCUGGACUCAGUCCACCCUCAGGAUUGUACCAGGGUCCUACCAGGACCAUCCCCCCACUCCAUGAGUGCCCAAGCCCGGGGGGACACAGGUGCCUUUGCACUGGCCUUGCUACAAGGGUUUGUGACCUGCAAGGUGCUGUCCUCUCAGCCCUCAUGGCAGCCGCUGCAACAGUCACCCGGGGUCUGAGCCUCUCCAUUCUGAAUGGAAAGCCUUUAGGAGCUGGAUGACAUGCAAAUCACAUGUGAAUGGGAAAGAGCAAGGACUCGAGUGUCUUGAUGGCCCAGAACGGGACCCAGCCAUCUUAACCACUAACCCAGAGGCUCUACUCUCUGGCAUCCGGGGCUCUGAUUUGCACUAUAUACAGAUGACACAUGUGAACCCGGCGGCCUUGUCUUUGAGCCGGCCGGAAACAAACUCCUCUUCCUAUGGACGUUCACCAGGGGACGCGAGCCCUUUGAGCAGCCAGCGGCCUGAGGAUCCAUACUGGACAUAGGCUCCUGCCUCUGAUGUGUCCCGCUCCGCCGGGCGGUCGGCCUCCUUCCAAAGAAUAGGUGGUUGGGGCACUUCCCAGGGUCCUUAAGCUCCCAGGCAGCUGGCACAGGGCGUGUUAGCAGCUCAGAUGUGGGGGCAUAGCUGCUGGCACGGCACACACGAGAGAUGCUUGAGAGCCCCAGAGAGCCAAGGCCUGGUGUUGGUGACCCCCCGCCCCACCACUGGGCUCCUCAGGCAGCCGAGCCAGCUGGCUUCCUGCUCUCUCUGAAGUCGGGUUGGUUUUGUGCAAGGGAGAACAGGUCUUGCUGUCAUCCAGGGGUGGCACCCCCCUCCCCCCCCCAGGCUAGACAUGACAGACAGGGAGGAGUGAUGUGUCCAGUUACCCCCUCCAAAUGCAGCUGGCCUGGCGGGUGGGCGGUUUGCUAUGACACAGCUAGUCUGGAUCAUGCCCUCUUCUCAGGUAUGAUCCAGACCAGACUUUGCCAUCAGCUUCGGCAUGGCUGGCUGUCUCCGGCGCCUGCUCAGAGCAGGCCAGGGGGGUGCAUCUUCUCCCCACCCAUGGUUCUCAAGCCUCCAGCCCACCUGGAGGAGAUCCCCAAGCCCUCGGGCCACCAGGUCAGCAGAAGC